GUCACAGAGGGAAGAGGUCUAGAAGGCAUAAUCACUUAAACAGAAACCUGGUGGCACUGAUACCCAAGGUUGGCUUUCUCUGUUUGUGUGUGUGUUUAUUGCCUCUAGAAGAUUCCAUGGGUGUGAUGGUCAGAGGAAAGAUGGCUGCUGGCUGGGUGGACAGAUAGGAGAGCGAAACCGUUUCUCCUGGAAACUCCUAUGUGUCCUGUAGCUCAAGUGGGUCGUGUUGUGUCAUGACAGGAAAGGGGUUCUAGUAGGUAACCCACUGCUGGAGGCUGCCCUGUUCAGCUUUGGACAGCCCCUCACCCCCGCAAGAAUGGCCCAGCACCAACGUCUAUGGGGCCGAGUCUGAGAAGCCCUUCCGUGUAAACACAUAAACAGUGCUCUUUGCGUGAAAGGAAAUAAGCCAUGGGGGUAGAGCUGGAGGUGGGGGCCCUUCUCCCGAGCCCUGAGCAGUUUUGGAAGAGCCCUCCAGAUCCCCAGGGUGGUUAUGCAGAGGCCUGAAUCUUGGAACUUUCCGGAAGCCUUGAUGGCUGAAGUGUGGCAAGAGGAGGGCUUUGAGCAAGGCGGGCGCUCGAGGAGGACCCGAGCCUGUGGACCAGGUGCAUCACCUCCUCAUGGCCACGGCCUGCCAGGACGCCAACUCUGGCGCUCUCCUCCGGGACCUCUGCCUCACCCAGUUCCAGGUGGACAUGGAGGCCAUCGGGAAGACGCUGUGGUGCGACUGGGGCGAGACCGUCAAGAGCUACAAAGUGCUCACUGACUGCACCAGGCACGUGGCGGACCAGCUGGGCUGCUUCUGGCCGAAUGCGGCCGUGGACAAGUUCUUUGUGGCCGUCCACCGACACUACUUCAGGAACUGCCCGGUCUCCGGCCGGGCUGUGCGGGACCCGCCCCGAAGCAUCCUCUGCCCCUUCAUCGCCGUGCCCAUCCUGGUGACCCUGCUUGUGACGGCGCUGGUGGUCUGGAGGAGCAAGCGUCCGGAGGGCGUCGUGAAGAGCUAACAGGAUUUCGGAAUGGCCGUGGCGCAGGCGUUAACCUGAAAGCCCCCUGGCUGGAGUUCAAAGCGACCCAGGUGGGGACCCCAGAUGCCAGGAGGGAGGGGGAGCCUAAUCGUCAUGAUUUCCGGGGAGGGUUCCGACCUCUGUCUCCUGACGUUCCAACCUCCCGCCUAACUGGGGAUAAGUGGCUUGUGAUUCAAAGGAUGUCCUCAAGGGGGCGCCCGGGUGCUCAGUCCGACUUCAGGUCAUGAUCUCACGGUUCCUGAGUUCGAGCUCCGCGUCGGGCUCUGUGCUGACAGCGUGGAGCCUGGAGCCUGCUUCAGAUUCUGUGUCUCCCACUCUCUGACCCUGCCCCGCUCCUGCUCUGGCUCUCUCUUGUCUC